AUGGAAUCAUCCUCUGAAGUUUCCUAUGACAACCACAACCCCAACCGCAACCGCAACCACAACAAUAGCAAUAGCAACAGCGCAACCAACGAAAGCCCCAUCGUCAAAUGCCUUCCCCGAUGGAACUAUGUUGGACCAAAUCCUGUUAAAAAAGACGCUUAUCUGCAUCACCUUCCCAACAUUGAAGGAAUUGAUUUAGGAGAUUACGUUCGCCGUGAGGUUACCAACGUUGACGGAAUGGGCCGUGAAUAUUUUGAUGCUGGACUUCGCCUGAUGCUUUGCUAUCAACACGAAAUGGCAGCCCGGUGUUUCUUGGCGUGUCUGCAAAUGUCAGAGCAUUGUGCCUUGGCGCAUGGAUUAUUAGCCUUGUGUCACUCUCCCAAUUACAAUUUCAAGGGAGAGGCCUAUUACGAAUCAGCACAUCAUCCUGAAGAACAAGACGUUCAAGAUCUAUUGUGUGUCUUUCCUAGUCAACAAGUCGCGGAUCGACACUCCAAAAUGGCAAUUGAAAAGAUUGAAGAAAUAAAAAAACUACACAAAAAAACCUCCAGCAGAAGCAACAAGCGGGGCAGGGGAAAGAACAGGAGCAAGUCAAGAUCAAACAGCAACAACAACAACAACAACGACGACAAUUCCAAAAAUAACAGCAAUGGCAAUGCUGCCAAUGAAAAUGGUAUUGUCCAUGAAGCUGAUCUUCCACAACUGAUACCCGACGUGGAAGCCCAAUUCCUAGUGGCCAUUCGGAUAUUAACCGGUCAGCCAGGAUUGGAACAUUCCUUGAGCGUCGACAUUGUCGGACGACCUUACGCCCACGCCAUGCGCAAGAUUUACGAGAAAUAUCCCGACGACAGCGAAGUGGCCUACUUUUUUGCCGAAUCCCUCAUGGUAUUGAAUGCCUGGCAACUCUUUGAAUUUCCGACAGGGAAACCGGUGAGUCCGGAUGUCAAUGAAACCCGGACCGUUUUGGAAAAGGCGCUCUUGGUCCACAAGGACCAUGCUGGACUAUGUCACAUGUAUGUGCACUUGUCGGAAAUGUCAGCCUACCCGGAAAAGGCACUGGAUGCCUGUUUGCCACUUCGACAUAAAUUUCCACAUGCGGGACAUUUAAUUCAUAUGCCGACGCACAUUGAUGUCUUGGUGGGAGACUAUGAGAGCUGUGUGGAAUACAAUUGCAAGGCCAUUCUGGCAGACGAACGAUCGAUUUAUACAAGUCCCGGGACUGCGGGAAUCGAAUCCUUUUAUUUUGGAUACAUUGUGCACAAUUAUCACAUGGCGGUAUAUGGAUCUAUUCUAGGAGGAUUUGAAAAAAAGGCAAUGGAGUUGGCAGAUAAAUUGACCAAGAUACUGAGCGAGCAAAUGUUUGAGGGAUAUCCAGACCUUACAGCCUACCUAGAAUCAUACUCGGCGUUGGAUAUUCACGUCAUGAUUCGAUUUGGCCGAUGGGAAAGGAUACUGAAACUAGACCCGCCCAAGAACAAGGCAUUAAUGCUCUUUCGGGCGGCAACCAUCAAAUAUGCUCAAGCAUUGGCCUAUGCUAGCUUGGGUAGAACAGAAGAAGCGAAACGAGAGGCCAACAACCUAGACAGCCUCCGGGGUGAUCCAGAAGCAGAAUUUCGAAUCUUGCACAAUAAUUCCGUCGCCAAUUUGCUUUCCGCGGAUAGUUGCAUGGCACAAGGUGAAAUUGCGUAUCGAGACGGAAACUACGACGAAGCCUUUCAGCUAUUGCGGAAGGCAGUUCACAUGCAGGACAAUUUGAAUUUUGACGAGCCAUGGGGUAAGAUGCAACCGAUACGUCAUGCUCUCGGUGGACUGCUGUUGGAACAAAACCACUUGGAGGAAGCGGAAAGCGUUUUCCGAAAGGAUCUUGAAUUCCAUCCUCUCAAUCCAUGGGCAAUGGUCGGUCUCAUUGAGACACUCAAGAAAAAGGAACAGAGUUGUUGUAGUACGACAGCAGAGAUAAAAGAUUUGGAAGACAAAUUGCGGCAACAACGGCAAACUAAGUUGGCGGACUUUGAAAUCAAGGUUGCUUGUGCCUGUUGCACUAAAGAUGCUUGA